AUGUCAAGACGUAACAAAUAUGUUAAAACGUGUUUUACUUGUAUUGCAGAUGUCGAAACGCAAUCGCAAUAUAACCAAAAUGAGGGCAGUUUACCACGCGCUGUAUCACCAGAGGACGAGGUAACGGAACGUGAUAUUGGGAUGGAAGCUGUAGAUACUCCCCAGAUUGAAAGGGGGGCUCCAGAGGUUGCAUCGCAUUCUGAACUAACGCUCGAAUACUUGCAAGAUCUCGGCGAAGCCGUCGAUGAGGUGCCGCAAUAUGGAGAGGAAAUUUAUAGUAACUUAGCGCAAAGG